GGGCGAGGAAGCGGGGCACCCGCGCGGGUCGCUGAGGCUGCGGCAGCGCAACGACCCGGGGCUGCUUCUGUCCGUCUGUCCGUCCGUCUGUCCGCCCACCCAGCCAUGGUUGCAUGGGCCCGCGCGCCACGGAUUCUGUUGCUGCUCCUGCUGCUACCGCCGCCUCCCGGUGCCCAUAGUGAGUUGUGUAUAACUUCCCAUGGACGCAACCUCUUCCCCGAGUCCUGUCCUGAUUUCUGCUGUGGUUCCUGUUACAACCAAUAUUGCUGCUCUGACGUGCUGAAGAAAUUUGUGUGGAACGAGGAAAGAUGUGCUGUGCCUGAGGCCAGCGUGCCCACCGACAUGAAGCCGCUGGAGCAGCUGGGCUCAGCGCUGAGGUUUCGCUCCAGCUUGGACAGCGACCCCAUGUCAGGGUUUGGAGCAACUGUGGCCAUUGGCCUGACCAUCUUUGUGCUCUCUAUUGUCACCAUCAUCAUCUGCUUCACCUGCUCCUGCUGCUGUUUGUACAAGAUGUGCCGCCGACCACGUCCGGUUGUGACCACCACCACAGCCACUACUGUGGUGCACGCCCCUUACCCUCAGCCUCCAAGUGUGCCACCCAGCUACCCUGGACCGACCUACCAGGGCUACCAUCCCAUGCCCCCCCAGCCAGGGAUGCCAGCAGCACCCUACCCGACACAGUACCCACCACCCUACCUGGCCCAGCCCAUGGGCCCACCAGCCUACCACGAGACAUUGGCUGGAAGUGCAGCCGCGCCCUACCCUGCUAGCCAGCCUCCGUACAACCCAGCCUAUAUGGAUCCCCCGAAGGCAGCCCCCUGAGCAUACCCUUGCCUCCCUAGCUGCCACUUAAUUAUGUCAUAUGUGUGUGUGUGUGUGUGGUAUGCAGGCACGGUUCUUUACUGUCCCAUGCAUGGUGUGUGUGUCCUAUCUGUACACAUGGUUUCCU